AAGUGCGGCGGCAGACGUAGGGGAGCAAAAAAUAAAAAUAAAAGUUUCAUAACAAAAAACCAGCAGGUGAUAAAUACAGGAUAAUAUAAGAAAAGCUGAAAGAAGAUAAGUAGUUCGUUCUCCAGUUCAAAUUUCUCAAUUCAAGUGAUGUAAUAAGAGUCACGAUGUGCAGUAACGAAAAUACUUAAAUGUCGUCCGUUCUAACGCGAAAUCUAUCGUACGAGUUAUAAUGGAAGACGAAUUAGACGACCGAAUAAUUUACCAAACGUACAUAUCUCAUGUAAAAAUUAUGUCUCGAAUUGCAUGGAGUGUCCCAUUAAAAAUAUCACACAUAACUCAUACGUCCUAUGUUUCACACGUCUUGAAAAUGCUUAAAACUUAUCUAUUAAAACCCGAGUUCAUCAUAUGCGGUACAGUGGUUUUUCUUCUCUUUUUCUAUAUACAAGCUUUAGAUAUAUGGAGUCGUAAUUUGUUAGGGCGACUACAGUAUACAAUCAAUAAGCCAAGGACCAAGGUGGACAAACUGAGUCUAUUUGGUGUUGGAGAUGUGGAAAAGCAGAGUUGGGAAAUGAAGUCCGGCCCUGUCGCGGCCUACGCCAUACAAGGGAGACGUCCAAAAAUGGAAGACCGCUUUGUUAUCAACGAUAAUUUAAACAACACCGGUGUUGCCAUUUUUGCGGUGUUUGACGGUCACGGCGGAGAGUUUGCAGCCAAUUACGCCAAAGAAAAAUUAGUACACAAUUUAUCCAACAAAAUAGUACAAAUUAAAAACUUAAUAGAAGGGAAACCUUUGGAGAAGGAAGAUUCCUGCGAUAAUGAAGAAGAGAAAAAAGACCCUGAAAAACCAAUAACUCCUACACUUAGUGAAAGGCGAAAAAGUUUCCGAAAAACUAGCUCCACAACAGAUGAAUGCAUUAAAGGAGCCAUGGAAGUGACUAAUUUGGAAAUUUUAAAUAAGCUCGAUGCAAUGAAACCGAUAACUAGAAACUCAAGACCACUAAAACUGACUCCUAGUUUCAAAAAAAUCCCCCUCACAUCGUAUUUCGAUAAAUUCGGUGUGGUGGAUUAUGGCAAAUUGAUAACGGAUGAAGUUCUGGCAGCCGAUGAAAAACUGGUAGAAGUAGCGAAGAAAUCUUUAGAUGUGGCUGGAACUACGGCACUUAUAGCAAUACUGGAAGGUACAAAAUUGAUAGUUGCUAACGUAGGAGACUCCAGGGGUGUAAUGUGUGAUAGUAAAGGCAGUGCUAUACCCUUAUCUUUCGAUCAUAAGCCUCAACAGGUUAGGGAAAAAAAACGGAUCAAAGAAGCAGGUGGUUUUGUUACUUUUAACGGUGUAUGGAGGGUUGCGGGUAUUCUAGCGACGUCCAGAGCUCUGGGUGAUUAUCCUUUGAAAGACAAAAAGCUGAUCAUAGCCGAUCCAGAUAUACUGACGUUUGAUUUGAAGGACCAUAAACCUCAGUUUCUGAUUCUGGCUUCGGAUGGAUUGUGGGACAUUUUUUCGAACGAGGAAGCGAUUAAUUUUAUUAAGGAACGACUUAACGAGUCCGAUUACGGUGCUAAAAGUAUAACGCUGCAAUCGUUUUAUAAAGGAAGCAUGGAUAACAUUACCGUUAUUAUUAUUAAUUUUAAGGACAACUCGUUUGGUAUUUAUAGCAGCGGUGAUAAAUAAUAAUAUUUUUUAAUUGUUUUUUUAUUUAUUUUUGAGAAAUUAACAAACAUUGUAUACUCGAGUUUGUGGCCGAAGCAUGAGCAGCUGUAAAAUAAAUUUAUAAAAUGAAUGUACUUAAUGAACCAACUAUAUUUUAAAAAAUGUGUAUUUGAAAUAAAAAAAGUAUUUUAUAAAAUUGUUGGAAAUAAAUACAAUUUUAAGUUU